AUGCCAAUUGAUUACAGCGGAUACUGGAAAAUGAUAGCCAAUGAGAAUUUUGAGGAGUACCUGAAAGCACUAGAUGUUAACAUUGCUUUGAGGAAAAUUGCAGUGUUGCUGAAAGCGGACAAAGAUAUUACUCAUAAGGGAGACCACAUGGUCAUUAAAACCAUCAGCAGCCUCCGUAAUUAUAUCAUGGAAUUCGAUAUUGGCAAGGAGUUUCCUGAGGAUUUAUCUGGAAUAGACGAUCGCAAAUGUAUGACUACCGUGAGUUGGGAUGGAGAUAGACUUGUGUGUGUACAAAAAGGAGAGAAAGAAGGUCGCGGUUGGACUCACUGGAUAGAGGGUGAUGAGCUACACCUGGAGCUACGCGUUGAAGGUGUCAUAAGCAAACAAGUCUUUAAGAAAGUGGAAUGAAGAACUUGACCAGAGGCAAAAAUGAAAGAGGAAAUUUUGCCUUAAACCAGAGACCUCAACACCUCAGAGACCUAAA